AUGCCUUGGAAUCAACAACGAGCUAAAUCAUCGACAACAUCAAAUGAAAGGCAUUCAGACUAUUGUUUUAAGCAUUAUGUCGGAUGGCCUCUAUCAGAAGAAGUUGUAAAGAAAAUUCGACAAGUCGACCAGCAAUCGUCAACUUUAACUGCAACGGGUAUUAGUGGAUUUUCGGCUCGUGUUCUGGACAAAUCAGAAUACCGCAUGGAACAGCGCGGAGUAUCAGGCGUUGGAGAAAUUGUAGUAGUGCAACUCGUGGAAAUAAUCAAAAAACCUGGUCAAAGCCUUGGCCUUUAUCUUCGAGAAGGCAAUGGAAUCGAUAGAACAUCCGGUGUUUUCGCGUCCAGAUUUGGCGAAAAUUCGGAACUUGAGAAAUACGGUGAUAUUAUUCGUCCAGGUGAUGAAAUUCUAUCUGUGAAUAAUGUUGAUGUUUCUACGAUGAGUAUUGAUGAUGUCGUUCUUGUUCUUUCCAUACCUAGACGUCUUCUUCUCAGGAUACGCUAUAUUAAAAAUAGGAGAGAAAGAAUAACUCAAUCACAAUCAAUGAUCACUCGUCCAGUAAUUGUUUUUCAAAAAGAACAGGAAGGAGUUAAUGACGAUACUUCUACAUCUUCCUUACUCAGUCAUCCAACAUCCACUGCAAACACUUGGCUUGGCAAAAAAGCUCGCCAACAACAGGUGAUCGAUCUAUUACAACGUUUAUAUAAUAGUUUUUCAUCAGAAAAAGUGCCUUACUUUUUGUCGGCGAGGGUUUCAAUGUUUUCAUUUUCCUGUUACAGGUUUCUCUGGUCACAUAUUACAGUUAUCCUCUAUUAA